GAGUAAUUAAUAAUUAGUGUUGGCGUAGUUAUUUCAAACACCCAGGGAAUAUUAUAACAUUAAAAUAUCAGUCGAGCACGGAUGAGUAUUUCAACUGUUAACAGUCAAACACAUGUAACCGUAUCCAACAUAACGACAUUUAAUGGUGCUAAAUGGAAGAAACUCCAACAUUACUAUUAUUAGUCCGACAUUAUAAUCUUAUGAAAUAAAAAUAAUUGAGGACGCCCAUUUUUUCCCCACUUAACUGCCCUGCACAGGAUUUAAACCAAUCCCAACAUUACGUAUACACAUCUCAACUUACACACGUUUACACGGUUGGUCCCGGUAAGUUGCGGCGGUUGCUAGUUUGUACCUGCGGUAACCACGGUAGUACACACGUUUUAAAUUCACCGGGCUCAGCCAUGUUGAAUGUAACGACGCCUGGCGUAAUGCUACGACAAAGCCAGUGUUUGCUGAGUGUGAGGCAGGUAAAGUAACACCUGAACUCAAUAUGCAACUUAACGACGUGGUGAAGUCCCCCAUGCUUUGUCCCGCACCGGGGACCGAGAGGCCGACUUUUGAAAUGUCCGUAAAACGUCUUCCUGUGCGGCUCAUCGCUGAUGAGACACUGAUGAGGAGAAGGGAGGGGGCAGAGAAAGGCGAGGUUCUGUUGUCAGAUCUGUCAGUCCAGGCGCCCAGGCCCCUCCCACCUCAGUAUAGAGGCAUUACAUACUGCUGGUGCUGGUGCUCUUAGCAACGGUGCCUCAGCAACAGAGCCACGGCAACAGAGCUCCACGGCAACAGCGUGCCGUGUCUCCCCAAUGGAGCUGCCAUUGGGCGGACCAGCGCUCAGGCACUACACCCAGAGCAGACCGAGACCUCACCGACAAAAACUGAACUAUCGUCCCAGCAGACCGCAGGAAACGAUAAUUGAGAGUGAAAAUGAAGUCCUUGAGCUCAUGGGGCGAGUGGAUGAAGGAGUUGAGGAGUUCUUCACUAAAAGAGUACUUCCUACUGAGACACUGAAACAACAAGAUGACGAAGCUAUCACAGUACACGAAGUGGCUCCUGCCAGCUCAGUCCCUUGUCCACCCCCGACCAAAACGCUCAGGAGGAAGCUUGGAGAUUUCUUCACACUCAAAAAGAGGCGAGGUUUGAAAUCAGAGACAAGCCAUGAGGGCCGGACCAAAAAGGCCUCCAUCGCUGAUCUCAUUCGCCCUCUCAGGGAGGUCGCCAGAUCAGAGAAAGAGAAAGAGAAAGAUAGGGAGCGGGUGAAGGAGCAGGACAAGGAAAAUGAGAAGGAUAAAGUAAAGGAACAUCCCAGUGCUGUGUCUGGAGAGGCAGCUGUUCAGGAGACACCUGUCUCUGGUGGCGCUCCACCGCUCAGAGGCGAAGCAGUGCCUCCCCGCCGAGCUCUCAGAGAGGGGAAAUCCCAGUCACUCAUUUUACUGUCUGGAUCAGCAGCGGCAGGGACCACCAAUGCCCGAAACACUGCAAAGAAACAAUUGGAAGGCCAACACAGCUUUGAACAGAAGCUCCAUCUCAUGCUUCAACGUAUUGGGGUUUCCAAACAACAGCCAGGAGAGACGCAGAAUCAAGAAGGAGAGAUGAAAAAGGCAGAGUCUGAAGGAACCAUCAUUGACAGUAAACCUGAGCCCCCUCCCACUUUCUCCAAACCUCGAACAAUGUCUGCGUCAUCAGACACAAGGCAUCAAAUUCGGGCCAGUGUUUCAGCACACGAGGCAGCUGGGAAACCUGCCUUGCUGCCAAAGCCGGUUAUCAAACCAGGUCCACCCCUAACAACAUCUGGCCGCAACACACCUGAGAAUGAGCUAGCCCAAAUACAGGAAGCGGAGACAAACACGCCCACUAAACCCGGCCCGGCUCCGGCUCCAGCUCCAUCGACUCCUACCGCUCCUGCCCUCACUGCUACUACCGCUCCCACUGAACCGACAAUCUCUGACUCAACUAAUUUUACAGUUUCCCCUUCAAGUACUGUAACUCCCUCUGACACAGAUAUAUGCACUGACUCUGUUAACCCUACUACAGCAGCUACAACACCCACUAGUGGUACAGUGCUUGACAGUAAAGCCUCGAUUCCCGACACUAGUGCUUCUACCACUGAAAUACCCACCUCUACUUUCCAGACAACACUUACAAGCACCACUGCACCCACAGAGGCCCCCACCUCUGUCUCAGAUACCCCCACCUCCUCAGAGUCCAUUACUCCAAGCCUCUCUGUCACUUCCAGCUCAGCAACAAUAACCAGUCCUUCCAUUACCACUUCAGAAACAGUUUCUGCUCCUAGCAUCGAAGGCUCAGUUUCCAAAACAACAACAGAUCUGUCAGCUAAAUCGACUUUGCCAGAGCAGAAUAGUAGUCUCUCAGUUGAUGCUGCUCCUGCUGCUGGUAGUGAUGCAGCUAUUUCUGUCACCACCGCAGCUUUUUCCCCCUCCACCAGCACAACAGAUGUGCCACCAGGCAUAUCUGCCACCAUAGGUUCAGUUUCUACUGGUGACUCAACAUCCAGUAGCUCUGUAACAUUAGUUUCAUCUGUCACUGACACUACAUGUCCUCCUCGUAACUCGCAUGACAUAAUCACAACUGCAGCUUCUCAUGAUGCCCCCAUUACCACUUCCUCCACCAUGAUCUCUACCGCCCUUCCUCCCCCCACCACCGCUGCUGAAACCAUCGAUCCGGCAUCCAGCGCCGACUCUGUCUCUACACCUGCCAUUAUACACCCCGCCUCCGCUAACGCGGACGACAUGUCUGUUCCCUCCACUUCUUCCAGUAAAACAAACCCCACAGGCACCUUUUCCACUGCCACUAGUUUAAACCGUGCAGAUACCACUUCUACCACUAGCUCAGCAGCUGCUAUCAGCUCCCCACACGCAACUGACCCAGACCCACCUCCUUCUAGCAAUGUCAGCAUUACCGUCACACCACCCGUCUCUGACCUGCCUGCCACCGAUAACUCAGGUGCUGCUUCUCAUCAUGUGACCAGUUCAGCACCGUCUAAGGAUACUCCAGGCUCUGGCAACGACUUGCAUACAUCUUCCGAACAGCAAUCUGGUAAAGAACCCGCGAAAAAAGACACUGGAGAUGAGGAGAUGGAGAUGGUUCAAAAGAGCAAGAUAACCGAGAUGGAUGAGAAGGAGGGGGCUGAUGACAGUAAGAAGAGCAACAGCGAGAAACCAACGCUGGUCAACAAACAGCUGACAGGAAAAGAAGGGCAGGAAGUGACAGCUGAGGUUGUCACACUGGCUGAGCCUGCAUCAGGAAAAGAGGGUGAGCGGAGCACAACUGAGCGAGAGGUAGAGCGUCAGAAGCAAGAAGAAACUAAAGCAGUGAGUGAUAAGUAAAAAUGAAGAAAUGGCUAAAUACGGGACCAACUACUGUGACGGCGGAAAGAGAGGCCACAGUAAAGGAUAAACGGGACGGGACGAUCUAUGGCACUUCCUACAGGGACCACCACAUCACAGCAGCACACCACAAAGGGUGGACCACUGGACCAAAGAACUCAGAUCCCCUUGGUGUGACGUAAACAACAAAUCCAGCAGUGUCUUUGUCCUUUUUUAACUUCUGUUUGAAAUUUUGAAUUGCACGUAUGAUUAUAUGUACCAUAAGACAACUACUGUGGUAAAAGACACCAUGUUUACAAUAGAUGGAUAAAAGACAUAGUUAUGACUAUUAAAUGGAAUAUUCAGUUGACCGAGUCAUUUCCUGGGCUUGAAUACAUUAUUGCAUAAUUUGUUUUUUGUUUGUGGCCGGAAGAUCUAAACACGCACGUGUUCGCUUUUACUGGAGAUUUCAGCUUUUACAUAGAGGAAGACAGAGAUGUUAUUGAAAGCUCUGGAAAAAGACAGUAAGGAAGUUAUGAGUUAAGAAAUCUAACAACUAUAUCUGAGGUCAGGUUUUAGGCUGAUGUUUGUAUGUUUGUGGGGUAACAAUGUGAAUGUACAUAUUUAUUCUUUUAUAUAUUAUUUAUUCAUUUGUAAGAGGCCAUGAACAAUAUUAAACAUAAAUGUUAACAUUUA